GCGGGAGGAAGACGCCAUUAGUUUCCACAUUUGAUAAAAUUGUGUGCAGUUUUGAAAUACGAUAAAGCUGUAGGUGUCGGAUUAUUACAGCGUAAAUAAUUUGAAUUUGAGGUAUUGAAGAUAUCGACGAAACUCAAUUAUAUAUUCGUUAUAAUUGCAGUAAUUCUGCAUUCGUAAACUGCACACACACACACACAAACAGAAUUGUGAACUGCAUCGCGGCUCGUUUCUGCAGGGUGUAUCGUGUAUGGCGUACCAUUUCACCGUUAUAACUGAACCCGAAAGGGGAAAGUUAUUGAUUUAAUUCUGUAGGUGCCAGAAUUAACUCUGCCGUACGUAAAACGUCAAAUAUAGUGGGAACCGUGUAAACGAAAGGAAUUGGAUAUAAAUAUUGUCGUAAAGACGAAUGUGAAUAAAAGAUUUUGGGGUGAAAAAAAAAAAAAAAGAAUCACCUUUCGCAAACUCGCAGAGAUAUUAUUGUUAUCAUUACGAUAUAUUAUUAUACACGACGGUAUACGAAAAAAUAAUAAAAUACAAUAACAAUUAUAUUCGAUCGUAAUACAAAGCUUUGGCGAUCGAGAGAAGAAAGAGUAAACGGUUGAAGAAAAAGGAGAGAAGGAAAAAAAAGACGAUGAAAAUGCGUUUACUCCAGGGUUGUAUGCAUAUUUUCAAUCUGAGGCAGGGGACGAUUCUCAUUGCGAUAACCCAGCUGAUUUUGUCGGGAUUUACUAUGAUGUUAAUGGUAUUGGCGCUUGCACACGCUAAAGAAAUAGGCGAGCUUGUUGCAAGGGAUACGGAAGACGCGUUGGAGAGAGAAGCGAUGGAGGAAAUAUCCCCGAAACAUAUGAAUACAAAGAGAAUGGACGUUGCUCAUCAUCUCGCUACUGAGGUAUUGUACUCCUUGUACAGCGGUCUUGUUAUUACCGUUAUACAUUUCGUCUCCUCGAUACUUCUUCUUUACGGAUCUCUGAUGAAUAAUCGACAUUUUAUGGCUCCAUGGAUUACGGUUAUGAUGACCGAAAUCGUUGUCGGAAUAAUGUCGUUGUUCCUCGUUCAGCAAGAUUGUCCAUUUAUCGCGAUUUUGGGCGGAAGUGCCGACAUUGGCGAACGUCUGUUCGUUCUGUUCAUCACGAUAGUCAACUUUUACAUAUGGUUCGUUGUCUACAGUACCUACAAGACUUUGGAGGGUAAAAAUAAGGGUUUGACGCACGAGGUUUAUUUCUUUAAAAAACAAAACGCGACCGCAAACGGAUCCGUUGUCGGUGAAAAUAUCAAAACACAAAACGGCGUUUCGCAACCGAUUGACGUUUAAACAGGUCUAUAUACCUAUAUAUAUAUAUAUACACAUAUACAUAUACACGCAUCGCAACAAUUUAUUUCCUAUAAUACUUAUUCAUGUAUAAGCUUUAAUUUACUGGCUUGUAUAUGAAUUAAUUUUAAUACCACUUCCUGACUUUUUUUUCUUAUCAAUAUCGCGACGUCGUUGGAUUUUGCUUUUUUUUCAACGCGAUUUCACGCAGUUAAUGUAAUUUUUGAUAUUGAAAUUUGUUCGAUCGAAGAAUUUUAUUUAAUUAAAAUUGUGUAUUAUAUAUUUAAAAUGGAAACAAAAUUAUAAUAUUGUGUAUAUAUAUAUAUAUAUAUAUAUAUGUUUUGAAAUUGCACAUACGUAUAAUGGAUACGUAUACAAUUAAUAAUCAAAAGUUUUGUUAUUAAAUUGAGCGUGAGAAAAAUUGCUUUACGUAAUACUCUGUGUUGAGAUCGAAACUUUUGGAGGAGAGAGUAGACAGAGGGAGUGAAAAAAAAAAUUGUUAAGUAGAGGAAGGAAUUUUUAUCGAUAGAAGAAAAAGAGCAUAAAAAAUUAACGUAAUUUAUAUUUAUUUUGUAAAAUUAUUAUCGAUGCGAUUAUGUUGUAUUAGAAAUUUUAUCGGUUAGGCAGAUCUAUUGGGCGAGAAGAAUUGAAGUAGCUGCAUGGAAAAAGAGACGGUAAUAAUAAUUUAAUUAUAAAACGAGUAGUUUUUAAAACUGCGAUGUAUUAACGUGAAUGAUGUAUUUAUUUGUGAAAAAGAAAACUAUAUUAACGAAUGAAAAUUAUUAUUAAGUUGUAAGUAUAAAUAAUGAAGCUGAUCGAAAAUAAAUCAACGAAGUUGAGAAACGAAAAACGUUGUUCUCAUUUGUUGCAAGCUUUUUUCCAAUUUCUGUUGUUACAAUUUGACGGAAUAAACACGGCGACAAAUCGAUUUUGAAAAAAAAAACACCGUUUUUUGAUCACUCGAAAUCACAAAAAAAAAAAACUAAUCUGAACAAAAUUUCGUCAAUAGUGGUUUCAGUGACAAAAUAAAUAAUUGACCGAAGUUUUUCAAUUUAUUUAUUCCACUUUGUACAUCGCUGUACGAAUUUAAUUUCUUCUUCUCUUUUUAUUUUACAUUUCAAACGUAUAAAAGACAGAUAAAAGAAUGAGAAAAAAGACUCGUUCGUAAAGGUGAAAAAAAAAGAAGAAAUUAUUUUUGUCUUAAAUACACAAAUUUUAAUUAUAGCUUUAUAUCGAUAAACUCACAUAGUAAGUUAUAUGCAUAAUGGUAUUAUGUACAUUUACAGUAACAGUAAAAUAAUUAAUCAUUGAUUUUACAUUACAAUGAGAUUGAAAAAAUAAAUUUCUACAAUAGUCAGGAACAAAAAUUUUUCUCAAAUCGCUUCUUUUUUUUUUUUUUUGCAGUAUAUUUUUCAUAGGCACAGAAUCGUUGCUAUUAAUUAAAUAUACGUGUUUGUUAAUCGCAUUUGUUUCUAAUUUACGUGUGUAAUGAUAACAACGACAACAACAACAACAAUAAUAAUAAUAAUGCUAAGAUCAAAAUCGCACGCAAGAUUUAAAGUUAAUUACAAAAAAGCUUGACGAUUAUAAAUUUAAUUUAAUUUUUCAUAUUCCUUUAGCUAAUCAGUUUUCGCUUAAAAGUAUCAUUUGAAAUUCCGUGCAUCGUUCAUAUUGUUCUUUUAACAAACUAGGAAAUCGAAUAAAGCAUAGGCUUAUGGACAAUGUUACAAAAACUGAGCUCGAUGUAUGCAAUAUUCUAAACAAUCAAAACUUGGAUCGCAAUAUUCGGCGGAAGGUUUUCAAUG